AUGGCAGACCUUCAGCCCUCCGCAGUGGGGACAUCUUCCAACAGCUCAGGCACAUCCUCGAACCCACGAUUCACCCCGGUGUCCUAUGACCAAGACAGCGAUUCCCUAGCAUCGGGACCGGCCAAAUCACCCAUUGGCCCAUUGCGCGUGGAAACCAACUUCGACGACCACCCGGACGUCGGCGACCCUCUAUCCGAUUUGGAGAACGAGUACAAUACCAGCGCGGAGCUCGAGGGCAAAUUCCGGCAGGGUGGGUCGGCGCCGAGAUAUACAUCCGAGGAGGAGAGUGAGGUAGUGAAGAGGUUUGAUCGACGGCUGGUCCCGUUCCUGGCUCUUCUCUACCUGCUCGCCUUCCUGGAUCGCUCGAAUAUUGGAAAUGCAAAGAUAGCUGGUCUUCAGGAAGAUCUCCAGCUUUCACCUUCUCAGUAUGAGUGGCUCCUUACUGCUUUUUACAUCACUUACAUUCUCUUUGAAUGGAUGACACUUAUGUACCGCCUUGUGCCACCACAUAUCUACAUCUCUCUGUGUGUAUGCGGCUGGGGACUCAUCGCCUCGUUUCAAUGCCUAGCGACUUCUUUUUGGGGUUUGGUUGUUCUCCGAGCUUUGCUUGGGAUCACUGAAGCGGCGUUUGGUCCCGGUGUACCGUUUUACCUAUCAUUGUUUUACCGUCGACAUGAACUGGCCUUCCGGAAUGGUUUGUUUAUUUCGGCAGCACCGCUAGCAACGUCCUUUGCGAGUAGUCUAGCGUUCUUGAUCGUCAAGUUCAGCAGUGAUGGCCCCAUCUCACCGUGGCGCACGCUGUUCCUCGUCGAGGGGUUCCCGAGUGUGGUUGUUGCUGUGUUUGCUUGGUUCUUGAUUCCAGACUCUCCAGGACAAGCUCGGUUCUUAAAUCGUCGGCAGAGAAUGGUUGCUCAGCAGCGUCUUGAGGAAAAUACGGUUGAUUAUCAGCAAUCAUAUGGGAGCCGGUUCAACUGGCGAGAGAUCUUGAAGACUGCAUCGGAUCCCAAAGCAUAUAUGGCUGCUUUUAUGUUCUUUAGCUGUAAUGUGGCUUUCAGCUCAAUGCCCGUCUUUUUGCCCACGAUCAUUAAAGACAUGGGAUACUCCUCAUUACAGGCCCAAGCCCUCUCGGCGCCCCCGUAUCUAGUCGCCUUCGUCGUGGUCCUUCUCACCGCAUACGCCUCAGACCACAGCCGCUCCCGAAGCACUUACCUCAUAGCCCACGCACUCAUCUCAUCCAUAGCCUACCUAGCGAUCGCACUAACAGGCCAUUUCCACUCACACCUAUCACCAGCACUACACACCUUCAUCCGCUAUAUUUGUGUCUACCCAGCGACCGCAGGAUUCUUCUCAGCAAUCACCCUUAUCAUAACCUGGUCAAUGGACAACCGCGUCGAAAAAGAAGGCAAAGGCGCAAGCAUAGCCAUCCUGAAUAUCAUCGGCCAGUGUGGUCCACUGCUCGGCACAAGACUAUAUCCCCAGUCUGACGGGCCGUGGUAUGUUCGUGGCAUGGCUACCUGCUCAUUCUUUAUGAUCGUAGUCGCGGUAUUGGCUCUGGCUAUGCGGAUUCUCCUGCAGAGGAUGAAUCGUGCUGUUGCGGACUCGACUUACACGAUUGUUGAACAGGCUGGGCCUGUGGAGCGGGGUGAAGAGCGGGAUGUGCUUAUGGGCGGUGGCAGGAGGGAUGAUUUGGAACAUUCUACUGGAGAUAAGAGACUUGUGUACAUCAUAUAA